AUGUCAGAAGCUGCUGAUGAUCCGAUAAUUAAAAUUGAACCACAAGAAUAUCCAAUCGAAGACAUCAAACAGGAAAUAGAAGAAGACCCUGAAUCCUAUUCAGAGAAUGACGAAAUAUGUCUGAAAAGGUUUAUGAACUCUGUAGUAAAGAUAGAAGAAGAAGUCCAACAGGAAUCAAUUGAAACUCCCCCUUAUAAAUGUGACAAGUGUAAUAGAACAUUUAGAAAGUUGCAUUAUUUAGAACAACAUAUGGUAAAUCAUAGUCAUAAGUGUACUGAUUGUUCAAAGACAUUAUCAGAUGCAAGUACAUUAGAAAUACAUCUGAGAAGUCACACGGUUGCAAAUCAUUUUGUAUGUACAAAGUGUGAUGAAGCAUUUACUACAAAAUAUCAUCUGGAUCAACACAUUUGUCCUUGUUCCACAAAACAAUUAGAUGAAAUUAUAGUUAAAAUAGAACCUGAAGAAUUUCCAAUUGAAAAUAUUCAACAAGAAAUAGAAAAAGAGCCUGAAGAAUAUUCAGAUGAUGAUAAAACAUGUCUUAAGAGAUUCAUGAAUUCUAUAGUAAAGAUAGAAGAAGAACUCCAACAGGAAUUAAUUCAGAAGCCUCCUUAUAAAUGUGACAAAUGUAAUAGAAUAUUUAGAAAGUUGCAAUAUUUAGAACAGCAUAUGGUAAAUCAUAGUCAUAAGUGUACUGAUUGUUCAAAGACUUUUCUAGAAGCAAGUGCAUUAAAAAUACAUCUGAAAUCUCAUACAGGUGAAAAACAUACCAAAUGUACAAAGUGCAAUAAAGCAUUUAAUAAAUAUGAUUUAGAUCAACACAUUUGUGUUCGUGCCAGAGAACAAAAUUUACACUUGAAUGAAUCUGGUAAUCGAAAACAAAAUAUUCAUGCUGCAAAGAGACCGUAUAAAUGUCAACUAUGUGAUAAAGCAUUCCUAAGAUUGGGUCAUUUGGAUCAACAUGUGCUCAUUCACACUGGGAAACGCUCUAAUAAAUGUACAAUAUGUGAUAAGACAUUCUUACGGUUGGAUAGUAUGAAAAGACAUAUGCUCGUUCACACUGGUGAACGUUCUUAUAAAUGUACAAUAUGUGAUAAGACAUUCUCACAAUCGAGUGGCUUGAAUCAACACAUGCUAACUCACACUGGGGAACGUCCUAAUAAAUGUGAAAUAUGUCAUAAGACAUUCUCUCGUUUGAGCGAUUUGAAUCGACAUAUGCUCAUUCACACUGGGGAACUUCUUCACAAAUGUACCAUAUGUGAUAAGGCAUUUGCACGUUCGACUAGCUUGAAACAACAUAUGCUCACUCACACUGGUGAACGAGCUCAUAUUUGUAGAAUAUGUGGUAAGAAGUUCAUACGUUUGUCUCAUUUGAAUCAGCAUAUGCCCAUUCACACUGGUGGACUCUCUACCAAAUGUACAAUAUGUGAUAAGACAUUUAGACAAUCGAGGAAGCUUGAAACAACAUAUGCUCAUUCACACUGGGGAACGUCCUAA